GGGCUCUGCGGCUCUGCGGGCCGAAGUGAGAUUUUCCUUGCCUGAUUCUGGAAACUAGGUUAAGAUGGAUCUCUGGAGGAACAUAGAGGCCCUGCGAGAUGAGCCUGCCCCCGGGCACCCCCGCUGCUAGGAUGCUCUUUGUUAUGGCCCUGGCCUGUGCCAGCCCUUUCCUGGACCUGCGGCGACGAACCAUCAACAUUCCCAUCAUUUUCAGUGGUUCAACCUACACUCUUGAGAGUGCCCGGUUCUCGCCAGAGGACUUCCGCAACUUCUCCAUGGAGAUCAACCCCAUCCCGGUGGUUCUCAAUGACACUAACCCUCGCAGCCUGAUUGUGCGGCUCUGUGAUGUUCUCUCCUCCCUGCACAUCCAUGGUGUGGUUUUUGAAGAUGAUACACGAACAGAGGCUGUGGCCCAGAUUUUGGACUUCAUCUCAGCACAGACCUCAGUUCCCAUCAUUGGCAUCAAUGGAGGAUCAGCUAUUGUUCUUACACCCAAGGAAAAAGGAUCAACCUUCCUUCAGUUGGGUUCCUCAACCAAACAACAGUUGCAGGUGAUGUUUGAAGUUCUGGAACAGUAUGAUUGGACAGCCUUUGCUGUCAUUACAACACUGUUUCCUGGCUAUGAAGAUUUUGUAGAUUACAUCGAAGUGCUGACCGACAGCAGUUUCAUUGGUUGGGAGCGCCGCAGCACUGUGACUCUUAACCUCACCGAUGACCCAGAUGGGGCCCGCCUCAAACGUCAGCUACGGGAUGUAAAUGCCCGCAUCUGCCUUCUCUACUGCUCCCGUGAAGAAGCAGAAAGCAUAUUUCGUGCAGCUCGAGAAGUCAAACUUACAGGUCCAGGGUACAUCUGGUUCAUGGCAGGUGCCAACUUUGGUAGAACUGAAUACAUGCCAGAGGAACUGCCUGAGGGUCUCUUCAUGGUGCUUUCAGCAGGAUGGAAGGAUGAUCUCUACCACAGAGUGCAAAAUGGUGUGGCCAUCAUUGCCAAGGGGGCUGAAGCGCUCUUCCAAGUCUAUGGCUCAGUACCAAAAUUCAACAAUGAUUGCCGGGCACCCAACCUCACCCAGUUCAACGAGAACUUGCAUCGGUACUUCAUGAAUGUUACUUGGGGUGAUAAAGAUUUCUCCUUUAAUGAAGAAGGAUACCUCAUCAAUCCAUCCUUAGCUGUGAUCUCCCUCAGCAAAGACCGUACCUGGGAGGUGGUGGGAAGGUGGGAGCGUAGAAUCCUCAGCAUGUCACGGUACAGAAAAUUCCUGCAGCCUGUGGACGACAACAAGCACCUCAUGGUGGCAACCCUCGAAGAAAGGCCCUUUGUCAUUGUGGAUGACAUUGACCCUGCCACAAAGACCUGCAUCCGGGACUCAGUGCCCUGCCGCCACCCUGUCAACCGUACUAACAGCAAUCACUUGGAAAAGAGAUGCUGCAAAGGGUUUUGCAUCGAUAUCCUGAAGCGCUUGGCAAAGACUCUGGGUUUCACCUAUGAUCUCUAUCUCGUCACCAAUGGCAAACAUGGCAAAAAAGUCAAUGGCAUGUGGAACGGCAUGAUUGGAGAGGUGUAUUACAAGCGAGCUGACAUGGCGAUUGGAUCCCUGACUAUCAAUGCAGAGAGAGCUGAAGUGAUAGAUUUUUCUGUGCCCUUUGUCGAGACUGGCAUCAGCGUCAUGGUGUCCCGUAGCAAUGGAACUGUUUCACCUUCUGCCUUUCUAGAACCCUACAGCCCCGCUGUCUGGGUGAUGAUGUUUGUAAUGUGCCUGACUGUUGUUGCAGUGACUGUCUUCAUCUUUGAAUAUUUCAGUCCAGUAGGCUAUAAUCGCAGCCUCAGUGCUAGUAAACGUACCGGAGGCUCCAAGUUCACCAUUGGGAAGUCAAUCUGGCUGCUCUGGGCUUUGGUGUUCAACAACUCUGUGCCUGUAGAGAACCCCAGGGGCACCACCAGCAAGAUCAUGGUGCUGAUCUGGGCCUUCUUUGCCGUUAUCUUCCUUGCCAGCUACACAGCCAACUUGGCCGCCUUUAUGAUCCAGGAGGAAUACGUAGACACUGUGUCUGGGCUCAGUGACCAAAAGUUCCAGAGACCCCAGAAUCACUAUCCACCUCUGAGAUUUGGCACUGUUCCCAACGGGAGCACCGAGAAAAACAUUCGCAACAACUAUGGGGAGAUGCACGAAUAUAUGGGGAAGUACAACCAGCGCAGUGUGGAGGAUGCACUCCACAACCUGCAGACAGGGAAGCUGGAUGCCUUCAUUUAUGAUGCAGCUGUCCUCAACUACAUGGCCCGCAAAGAAGAAGGCUGCAAACUUGUCACCAUAGGAAGUGGAAAAGUCUUUGCGACCACAGGCUACGGCAUUGCGCUGCAGAAGGGAUCCAAGUGGAAACGGCCCAUUGAUCUGGCCUUGCUCCAGUUUCUAAGUGAUGAUGAGAUUGAGCUGCUGGAGCGCCUGUGGCUCUCGGGGAUCUGCCAUAAUGACAAGAUUGAGGUGAUGAGCAGCAAGCUGGACAUUGACAACAUGGCCGGAGUCUUCUACAUGCUCCUGGUGGCCAUGGGGCUGAGUCUUCUGGUCUUUGCCUGGGAACACCUCAUCUACUGGAAACUGCGCCAUUGUAUGAGACACACAGGCCGGUUGGACUUCCUGCUCGCCUUCAGCAGGGGCAUGUACAGUUGCUGCAGCAGUGAAGACCCAAAGAUUCCAGACCAGCAGCAGUUGCCCAUCCUCAACCACACCUAUGGGCCUUCACGAAGUGCAGCUCCAGCGCUACCCAGUCCCCCUGGCCCUCCACUUCCCUGCUCCAGCUUCCUGCCUCGUGAACGGCGUAUUGUGGAACGGUGGCGCCAUGCACGGAGCCCCAAUUGCUAUAAGGAUCUCUACCCUCCAACACCUUCAGAGCUCCCCACAACCAAGCCUCCACGCCACAGCCUCAAGAGCCCUUUCUCUGAUGGCUUCCACCGGUUCUAUGGCCCCAUUGAACCUGAAGGGCUCUCUGAUCACGUGGGUGGCAAAAAGAUGGCACCAUGCCAGCUCUCUCCACCACCACCUUCCCGUGGGCUGGAAAAUCCUCCUUCUUAUUUUGCUAUUGUACGUGAAAAAGACUCUCCUGACAUGCCACCAGCAGCAUCAGGUUGGCAGCGCAAAUCCCUCCGUGGCUUGUAUGAAAGUUUUCAAGCUGGGAAAGGGGCUGGCCGGGCCCCAGAGGUGAAGAAGUAUGAUGGUCCCUCCAGCAGCUAUUCAACCAAAAGCCCUUGUGAGUUGGAAAGGGGCAGCAGCCGGCCUUUUGGGAAAGAACGGAAUCGAUAUGGCUAUACCCGGCUGUCUUAUGAAGAUGAACGCUCCCCGCCUGUUCCCCGUUACCGGCAUGCAGAAGAAACAUCUCUGCCACGACCUGAGCCAGAAGCCAAAUGCCCAGCAUCAAGUCGAGAAAGGAGUUCUCGGGCUCAUAUUUGCCGCAGUCAUUCCCACCCACUUGCUGUUGGUGCCAGUUUGCACAGCCAGAGUCAUUAUGUGGACUUUUCAGACUCUGAUUCUGAUAUUUGUGAGAGGGACAGUGAUGGUCAUAGCUGCUGGUACCAGUCACCAGAUUAUUUCUGCACAUACCCAUCGCGAGAGAGGCAGUUGUUUGCCACCCACAAGCCUCUGCACUAUUGGUCAGCUGACAAGCUGGCAAAAUGCCACGGAUGCCAUGGUCCCUGCCAGCACUGCCUAAGUUUGGAAAUGCUCCCACCACCUACCCCACCAUGCCGCAAGGAGGCCUUGCGCUACCUGAGUUGUUCUGAGGAGCGUCUAGAACGCCGGCUGGACUGGGAGCACCGCCACUGCAGCCUGUAUGGCUGCCUGGCUUCUCGGCACCGCCACGGCUUCCAUCGCCGCUGCCACCAUCAUUCCUGUGAGCUGGGGCCUGCAGGUGGAGUUCUUCACCCCACCUCCCGCAGCCUGGAGGACCUCAGCUCCUGCCAUAUGAUGCGCUGUGGGGCCUCCCAUCGACACCAGGGUGGCUUCUCACCAGAGUGGCUACCACGCCGGGUGAGCCGGAGCGGAGAGCUUUUUGCCCGGCGUGGUUCAGCCCAUUUCUCCAGCCUGGAGUCAGAGGUAUGACCAGCGA